CUCAGCUUCUGACCACCACUGCGAUCCUCUUCGUCGCACCUACUCUGGGCUUUCUGGCGUGCAACUCGGCCACAACAUGUCUUACAACCGCGAAUGGGACAGGGGUAAACAGCCUGACGCCGAUGCGCCUUGGCAAUACCAGGGCUCACGCGGUCCCAUGCACCCGAGGGACGACGAGUACUACGGUGACGGCAAGCGCAGGAAGUUCAACAACGGAGGUUACGACGCCUCGCAAAGCUAUGAUCAAGGCUACGACGAUACUUCAUACGACGCCAGCCACGGCCAGGGUUACGCUCAGGACUACUCCACUGAGGACCGGUUCCAAAGAGGUGGAGGAGUCGGUGGCGGCGGCGUUGGCUACAACAAGAAGAGGCUCAUACCCAGUGAACCCAGCCCGCACGUCAUCUUCUUGGGGUUGGACCCAGACUUCACUGAAGCAGAUCUGCAAGCGUACCUCACCAGCAACAGUUGUAGCGUCGAGACGGUGACCAUCAUACGAGACAGAACCACAGGUCUUUCGAAGGGAUUUGGCUUCGCCCAGUUCACAAGCAUCGCCCACGCACGCACAUUCGUCGACCCGCUAUUCCCAUUCAUCCAAGUCCCCCCACCUGCGUCUCAUGGAGCAACCGCUGCAAAGGCAUUCUACACUGCGCUUGAAGCAGGUGUUCCCGCUCCACCAGGUGGCAGACGGGUCAAGAUCGACUACUCGCAGAGCGCGAGUCCGAAUGAACGACGAGGAAGGGGCCCCAUGCAAUCGAACGAGGGUAUGAGGGACAUUGGCAAUGUGCAGGCACCUGUUUUGCUGUUCCGAGGUCUAGAUCCGCUCUCAGGACCGCAGGCUAUAGCACAGGCAAUGAAGAACGUUGCGGGGCUCGGUAAAGAUGGUGCGAAGGGCAUGCGGCGCAUCAUACUCGUCAAGGACAAAGUCACCAUGGCUAGUUGGGGCUUCGCGUUCGUGGAGUUCGUCGACGUCCAGUCUGCAUCAACAGUCCUAGGGCUGACGAUGUCGCCUCAAAUCCACCCGAACGGUUUCCGCAUCUCUGAUCGUCCCGUGGCCGCCUCUUUCGCACAUCCGGAGUCAUUCCAGCCGAUUUCAGACUAUGCUUUGAAAGAUGAGGCGUGCCUGAAGUCCUCGUUAGCUCUGGGAGGCGUCGAGGAACAGUGGGUGCGGUACUGGGAUGAAGGCUCUACUGCUGCAAUUCUGGAGUUUGAGGUGGUCGAGCCUGUCCAGCCAUCUACCACUGUACCCGUCAAAGACAAGAAAGAGAAGAAACGCGCAAAGGGUGACAACCAAGGGCAGCCCGACCGUCCAGCAGAGGCAUCCACCCUUCCCGUCUCAGACAAACCCGUAACCUUGAGUCUGAAGGGUGGCUUGACCAGUAAGACGGGCGGCACCGCUAGCCUGAGCCUGGCAUCAGUGAAGAAAGUCCCUGUCUCGUCUGCGUUUUCGACUCACGAGGACGGGUUGACCGGGGACGGAGAUCACUCCGACGACGAGCAGCAGACAGGUGCUUCAAAUGACCCCAAGGUGUUUGCCGCAAAGAAGGUAGCCCCUCUGAUCGCGAGUAAGAAGGUUGCCAACAACAUCAGCAAAUGGAACCAAGUCCAGGAAGUUCUCCAUGAUGCCGAGCCCUCAGCUGCACUCGAGCAGCCGUCACUUGCCGCUACGUCUGCAAGUACCUUAUCGGCCAAGCCGGCAGCCAAGGCUGCGUCACCGGUGCCCGUUGAAGCUGAAUUCGAAUUUUCCGACACCACGAAGAUGACGUGCAUGCUUUGCGCUCGACAGUUCAAAUCUCUCGAUCAGCUCAAACGCCACAAUAAUGAGUCUGAUCUGCACAAGAAAAACUACAAAGAUGCAAGUCUGCGGGACGUCGCACGCGAGAAAGUCACAGCAAUACGUGCCAAGACCGAACAGCCAAAGUAUCGCGAUCGAGCCUCAGAGCGUCGGGUUAUGCACAACCAGCCAGAUGCUCCGGUGCCCGGCGAGGCUAUGAGCAAGGUAGUGGGUAAAAGGAAGCAUGCGGAGGGUCCUCCCAAGCCUCCAACGCCUCCCCCCGCUCCCGUCGAACCGGCUAAGGACCAGAGCAACGUUGGUAAUAAGUUGCUGAAGAUGAUGGGAUGGAAGGAGGGUACUGGUUUGGGCACGGAUGGCGAGGGUAGAGUGGACCCGAUCCAAACAGCGAUAUACGCUCAGGGUGUUGGUCUCGGCGCAAGCAAAGGCAAGGAGGUUGGCAAGUACGAAAGCGGGUAUGCUGGCUAUGUCCACAUGGCCCAAGACGCGGCUCGGGAGCGCUACGGGAGCUGAUGCGUUGCGUUGAAGAGCGCUGCAUUUACGGACGGGUCGUACUUAUUGUUAUACGAGCACUGCCAAUAUAUCGUAGUAUGUUUUGAGUA